CUGGUCCUCGGGGCCAGAAAGUGCUCACUCCUUUGAGAAGCUUCGGGUGGAAUUUGGAGAAGGAAGACCGGCUUUUUUCUGUUUUUUUGGCAAUCGCUUUGCUCCUUUUUCUGACUUUGGGAUUAUUUGCACGGAUCUCUGGUUUGCUGCGUCCUCCGGAUCUGGAUCCUCUUUGGGAGAACGUCGCUUGCCGUUGGCCUCUUCGCCUAUAUAUUUGAAGCAGAUCGGAUUGGGUUUUGUUUGAUAUUUUUUUUACGCCACUGUGUAUUAUAAUUGCAACAUGACUCUGGAAGAGCUGGUGGCUUGUGACAGCACGGAGAACAAGAUGAAGUCCGUGAGUGAAGCAGUCGAACAGCUCUUGGUGGCCGCCCAGAGGCAGGGAUCUUUGACGGUUGGGGUCUACGAGUCUGCCAAGCUAAUGAAUGUCGACCCAGACAGUGUGGUGCUCUGUUUGCUUGCUAUCGACGAGGAAGACGAGGACAAUAUUGCCUUGCAGAUCCACUUCACCCUCAUCCAGGCCUUCUGCUGUGACAACGACAUCAACAUCUUGCGGGUCUCCGGCAUGGAGCGUUUGGCCGCCUUGCUGGGCGAGGAGAGCCCCCGGGACAGCUCAGAGCCACGGGACUUGCAUUGCAUCCUAGUGACGAACCCUCACACGGAUUCCUGGAAAAGCCAAGGUUUGGCUGAAGUCGCCAGCUAUUGUGAACAGAGCCGAUGUAACAACCAGUGGGUCCCCUAUGUCGCUCUCCAUGCCCGCUGAGCCGGCCGCGGAGACCACCUUGUUACUUGCAUCGAAUGUCACGUGUGGAGCAAACCCAGAAAGAUAUCGAGAGGGGAGAAAAUGUUUUCUCUGUUUUUAUUUAAAAAAAAAAAUUAAAACCUAUAAUGCCUGCCCCAUCAGCACCAGAGCGGUGGAUGAUGCGUCAGAGCGAUGGGAGGCGAAGGCAUGACGGUUGACCGGGAUGCCGGAGAAGAGGUGUUUGUGGAGGCUGGCUGCGUCAGCUGACUGUUCAAGAGGAGGAGGCAGCAGGAGAAGGAAGAAAGUCUCGUGGCUUCCCUGCUCUGGCAGGCCCAGACUGUGAGACCCGGCAAAUGGCUUUUUGCAGCGUUGUGUGAAUGUGCCGGGAAGAGGCAACAAGACCAGCUUCACAGCCGCCUUUUCCAGAAGAGCGGAGGGAGAGUGUGGCCAGAGCCGUCCUCUCACACUGGGGGACAGCGAGAGCGCAUGCGCGAGAACUUGUUAGCAUCUGCUAGAGCUUAUGCAAAACGACUGACUUACUAAAUGACAGUUCCAAACCAGCUAUUUUUAAACAACCAACUGGAUGCAUAGAAAACUCGUAACACGCCAAGGAGAGAAAAAAAGUCUUUGGUUUUUUUUGCACUCAGAAGCUGUUUAGACAAUCAAAGACACUUUAUAUUCUUAUACCUGAUUUUGAAACGGCAAUAAAAAAAUUUGUUACCUUCU